AUGUUGUUCUUGAUGUUGGUCUUCCUGGUAUUCGCCAUUGCCGUGUCUCGGUGGCGAAUGGAUAAAAUAUUCGGUACGUUACGCAACAAAUUCAAAUCGCUUUAUGUAUUAGGCUGUUAA